CUUCACGGGAAAUGGAGUCAGAGAUGGAAGCCAAGAAAAUUAGAGUCACACUUAGAGAGCAACUAUCCGACCGACUGAGAGACCGACCUUUCGACCGCAAUCAUGAACUUCCUCCGACGCCGUCUCUCUGACAGCAGCUUCAUGUCGAACCUGCCCAACGGCUACAUGACAGACCUCCAGAGGCCUGACCCACCUGCUCCUCCUCCCCCCACCGCCUCCUCCCCUUCCCAACAGGGUGCACCCCCAGCCACAGCGCCCAUCCCUGCCCAGUCCCCAACCAAAGCUCCGGCACCGACCCAGGCGCCAGCCAGCUCCCCCGCAGCUCAGGAACGGCGUCCGAUCCAGUUGGCUCAGCAGCCUCAACAGGCCCAGUCCUCCUCCUCCGGAGGUUCCUCCGGGUUCUUCAGCUCCUUCAGCUCCAUCACCAACGCGGUCAAACAGACCGCUGCAUCCGCCGCCGGGUUCGUGGAGCAGUCGGCUCCCUCUCCCUCCCUCUCCAAGAAAUUCAAGAUCCUGCUGGUCAUCGACGAGCCCCAGCAUGAGUGGGCCAAAGUGUUUCGGGGAAAGAAGGUCCUUGGGGACUACGACGUCAAAGUGGAGCAGGCCGAGUUCUCAGAGGUCAACCUCGUCUCACAUUCAAAUGGAACCUGUAACGUGGACAUGCAGGUCGUCAGGGGUAGUACCAAAGUGGUCAGGUCUUUCAGGCCUGACUUUGUCUUGGUGCGUCAGCACGCCUUCAGCAUGGCCCAGAACGAGGACUUCAGGAACCUGAUCAUCGGUCUGCAGUAUGCAGGCGUCCCCUCAGUCAACUCUCUGGACUCCAUCUACAACCUCUGCGACAAACCUUGGGCCUUUUCCCAGCUGAUCAAUAAUCAGAAGAGGCUGGGUUCUGAUAAAUUCCCUCUCAUUGAUCAGACGUUCUACCCCAACUACAAAGACAUGAUUACAACACCAAGCUUCCCGGUAGUGGUGAAGAUCGGACAUGCCCACUCUGGAAUGGGAAAGGUCAAAGUGGACAAUGUGAGUGACUUCCAGGACAUUGCAAGUGUGGUGGCCAUCACUCAGACCUACUGCACAACAGAGCCAUUUAUUGAUGCCAAGUACGACAUCAGGGUCCAGAAGAUCAGUACUGACUACAAAGCAUACAUGCGAACUUCCAUCUCUGGUAAUUGGAAGAGCAACACUGGGUCUGCCAUGUUGGAACAAGUAGCCAUGACUGACAAGUAUAAGCUGUGGGUUGAUACCUGCUCAGAGAUCUUUGGAGGGCUGGAUAUCUGUGCUGUCAAAGCCAUCUGUGGCAAGGAUGGUAAUGACUACAUUACUGAGGUUGUGGGUUCAUCUAUGCAGUUGAUUGGCGAUCACCAGUCAGAGGACCGCCAGCUCAUCUCAGAGGUGGUGAUCACCAAGAUGAACCAAGCACUGGCUGCCAGGUCGUCCAGUGCUCCUCGCUCACCUGCUCGCUCCCCUCAAGGCCAGAAGCCAACUACUGUGCAGCCCCAGCAGAGUCCUGCCCUUAAGGAAGGACUGGCAGAUCCAAACAGGACCUCAGGCCAGCGCCCCCAACCUCAAGGUGCACCAGUGAAAUCACAGAGCGUGGACCCAUCAUCAGAGUCAGCUAAGGGAGCAUCUGAACCAGUACCAAAGCCUGGCCAGGCCCAGAAACCUGGACCAGGUCCAUCUCAGAAACCAGCUCAGGCUCAGAAGCCAAGCCCAGUCCAGAAGGCUGCCUCAGUCACAAAACCUCCUGUGCAGAGGCCUCCCCCCAUGACGAGAGCCCCGUCCGUCACAAAGUCAGCCCAAGAUUCUGCUUCCAUCCCAGCCCCAGCCAAAGCUUCACCAUCAUCCCCAGCUAAAGCAGCAGCAGCCGUGGUAGCUCCAGGCUCUCCCCCAACCAAAGCAGCAGCAGCAGCAGCAGCAACAGCAGCCACAGCUCCAGGCUCCCCUUCAGCCUCAGCUCCAACCCCAGCCUCUCCCUCAGCUUCAGCUCCUACAACAGAGCAGCCCAAGCCCCAGCCUCAGGGCUCCCCAUCCCCAGCUCCUGGCAAACCAAAAGAGCUUCCCCCAAAACCCACACCACCUGCAAAGCCCAUCCCACCUGUACGCAGGAAUUCAAAGCCGCAGCUCCAGCCAAAGCCACAAACUCCUCCUCCUCCCAAAGCCUCACCCAAACUCCAGCCCGCUGCCCAAUCCCAAGCACCCAAUCAGGCCUCAGAUACUGCCUCAGCCCCCGCCCCGGCACAGGUUCAGUCCCCAGCCAAAGCCAGCCAGUCCCCACCUAGUGUCCAGUCUCCAGCUAAGGCUCAGCCCCAGUCCAAGCCAGCCUCUCCCUCUCCAAACCCUGAGUCUGUCCCAGCUGAACCAGCUGCGGCCCAUGCUGAGGCCCAGGCCCCCGUGGAAGAACAGGCAGCAUCCCAGCAGAAGACCCAUCCUCUGCUGAAUAAGUCCCAGUCCCUGACCAAUGCCUUCAACGCUUUCAGCGACUCCUCUUUCUUCCGCGGGGUCUCAAGCUCCGGAGGCGAUGGCCAAGAUGAGGCAAAGGCAGAGACCAUUCGCAACCUCCGAAAGUCCUUCGCCAGCCUUUUCUCUGACUAGACGCAGCCGAACCGUAGUCAGCUUCUUUUUGAUUCUGGCCCCUCUUUUACCUUUGGCCAGUGAUGACUUGAUUGACAUUAAAUGUGAACCAGUCUGAGAUUAAACUUUGUGUGUUAACUGUACUGUA